AUGAAUGAGAAAGGCGCAGGUUCAGUGGGAUAUGUCGCGGAUUAUGGCAAUGGUACAUAUAUUGGAGUGAUAAAGGCAUUAUGGAGCGGAUCUCCGCACAUCAAAAUUUCUUUGUCAUUUCCAAAAGAAUCUAUUGGACUAUUUGUAAACUACAUAUAUAGGAAUGGAAUGUUGCGGACUUUAAAAGGAGUUUUUAAGAAUGCACGUGGAGAAACUGGUAAAGGUUUAUGUGGAAUUCACACACUGACAAAACAUGGCAUCUGUGACUUUACAUCAUUAAAUUAUGGAAUGCGAUGGUUUUGUUCAUUACCAGAUGCACCCGGGUUCAAAUGUUCAGACUGGUAUGCCGAAAUUAAAGUUGAAGUACAUGGUGAUAAAACCAUAGACCACCCAGAGUACUCCUGUAGACAAAUAAAUCCUUCAGUCACAUUUAACAUUUCGUCCCCAGUUGGAUAUGUUUAUAAUAAAACAUGGCAUAAUCUCUUAUGCCAAAACACAGUUGAACCAAGUCUUGUUCCAUUGUCAGUUUAUGAAGAACAUGUAAUGAACGCUAAAGAUUCUAUAGUUGAAUUCUUGGAUCGUGUGCCUGGCGCAAAAAUAUUCAUUAAAGGCCCACAUAGCUUAGAAUAUAAUAACGGUGUUCCAUAUGAUUUUGUCAGAUAUUUGCAGGAUAAAAUUAUAUUCAAGAUUUUCGAUAAUAUUAAACAUAAGGUUGUGUAUUUAAACGAAUGGGAUAUGACAGUUGCUUCCGAAAGUAAAGCUAUACAUCCUUCGAAUGAUUUAAUACAUCAAAUGGUACAGGAUUUACUGUCUUAUAUUUGUUAA